ACUUUUCUUUUCUUUUCUUGCUGUUUAGUUUUACAUCACUGACUUGAGAAUAUAUAUCAAGUACAGAAUAGUCUCCCUAUUGAUUUUUAUCAAUCUUUUCUUAUGAAUCUAUAAUUGGAAAUAUGGCAAGCAAUGUUUGUUGUGAUGGUACCUUUUUUCAAGGAGAUCCUCUUGAUGGAAAUGUUUGUGUUUUAAAAGACUUGGCGAAAGAAUAUGUGAAGGAAGAGCUUAAGCUAGACGAUAACUAUAUGAAUGAACAAUUUAACAUUUGCUACUGCAGAGUUUGCCACAAAGAAAGAGGAGAUAGAGAAUCUUAUUCAAGAGGAAAGCCUCCAAUGACCUAUGCAAUUCCUGUUGGAUGGUGCAGAUUCGGAUUAAAAUUAUAUACUCCUCUAGAAGAUUCGUUCGAGUGCUAUUACCGAGCCUAUCAUGGCACACAACCAAAUAGAGUUGGAGACGUUUUACGCACUGGUCAAUUGUGUAUGCCAGGUGAUGUUUUGUACACUGGUAAAGAGUUGAAAGAGUUAUUUGGGCAUUAUGGAGAAAAUUACGGACCUAAAGGUUUCGAUUAUAAACGCGUGUUUGUAUCUCCUUCAAUAGUAUAUUCUGGAUACUAUGCUUCUCCUCACAACUGGAAACACUACAAGGUUCAGACUAGUUUUCAAGUUCUCGUCAAGCCAGACACUUUUCAAAAAAUGCCAGAAACUAUUGGAGCUACAGCUGCAAUAGACAAAUUGUUGAUUUUCCAACAAUGAACUCGAAUGGGCAACUAAUAUUCAUCAUGCAGUAGUUUUAUAUGGUUUACUAAUUAAGAUCUCUACUCAUGGUACCUACCAAAAAGAAAUUGAUCAAAGGUAAUAGAUCCAUUAAUAUUAUUUUACAAGUUUCUUUAAAUAAGUCAAAAAGUUAAUUUCAAGUACCUAAAAACUCAUACAGUUUUUUAACCUUUUAAUAAGAAGAUGUAAUAGUAUGUCAUAUAGGCAAACAAUUCUUAAAUAUUACUAAUUACCAUUUUUUAACAGAAAAAAGAUUCUAACACGAUAAAUGGAAAUACAAUAUAAAAAAACAGCGAGAGUUAUUCAAGACGCUGAUUUUUAGCAUUACGCUUCUAAAUAUCUACAAAACUUAAAGUUCGUUAAUAAAAAAAUACCUUUUAUUCACUCAUUAAACAAAUUACUAUUUUUUAAAAAUAUUCCAAUUGCAAUAAUUCGGCAAGCACUAUCCUAUAAAGUGAAUCAAUUCAUACUGCAUUCACAAAAAAAAAGCUUCGAGUUUUAGAUCAUCAAUAUAUUAUUUUACCAAAACAUUUAAACAUAUAUAAAAGAAAUUAAUAAUACAAUAUGUCAUUCGACAAGCAUAAACCAAAUGUUCCAUUGUCACCGGAUUUAAUCCUCUACAAAGCAAUUUCCUCCAUCUUCGCAACGACAAUCCUU